AUGGCUGUAAUCUACGAAGGGAAUAGACAUCUGGCGAAUUUUGACUAUAAUCAAUUUUUCCAUCCGAACGUUUGUCACGUUUGCAAAUCAACAGACCAGAACAAUUUGCUGUCGUGCAAUCGGUGUUACAUGAUCUCUUACUGUACCGAGGAACACAAAAUAUUGCACCAAUCACACCACGAAGAUAUCUGUGUACUCAUAUCAAGUGUCCUAGACGAGGAUCCGGAUUGGAACACUCGCCGUUUAUUCUUCCACGAGUGGAUCGAAAUACAGAAAACUUUCGCGGAGAUAAUACGGAUGACAUUGACACGUGAGCUGAUGCCGUACGAAAAACAGAUGUUCGUGUUUGCGAAAUCGUGUUUCAUAUGCCACCAACGGGGCAAUUUGUAUACGUGUGAAAGAUGCAUUUCGUUCAGUUAUUGUGUUGAUCACGCGGAAUUGGCACUUUUACACCAUCCGACCAUGUGCGAAUUGUUGACGUUGACUCUCAAAUUAGAUAUUGCAGCUAUCGAGCAAAAAACGUGGCAAACACUGCAAGUCAAAUUCACCACAUUUCCCAGUAAGAAGAAACGUGUCACCAACAUGGGUACAUUUUGUAAUCAAUAUUUCCGACCUCAAAAAGGAGAUCUUUACUGGUGCCUUUAUGAUCACAUCUUUACGGAUUACGUGUCAGAUCCGUUGACUGUGCAUAAUGGGUUGAAGUCUGCAAAUUGGUUUCGUCUUGAGGAGACGAUGGGUAUCUUCACGGUUCACGUUAUAGCCGCGAACUACGUGAACAGGCACAAUUUUCCAGCUUGGGAGCUUUUCUUACAUCUCUUGAAUAAAAAUAGCAAACUGAUAAUCGUAAUGAUAGGACCCGAAUUACAAACUGAAUUUAACGAACACAAAGUUUGUUCCCGUUGCAAGAUAGCUAGGAAGAAGCUUAUUCUUGAAUCCUUCCCUCUACUUUAUCACCAUUAUGUUUCCAGUACUAGUUACAAGCCACCCACUUUAAUCGUGGGAUUUCAAGCAGAGGUUCAUGUCGGGGUGACAUGGUCGGAGUCCAUAAUAGCAAUUCAGGCUCGAAACUGUCCAUUUCUUUUAACCGCUAAAACGGAAACAAAAUUGCUAAAGGACAUGAUUAAGAUGCGAGAAGUCCUGAAUAAAUCUGUAAAUUCUUUUCUCAACGUCAAGAAUAAGUUUUUUUCUUAUAGACCGUACAGAGACUUUGAGACAGAAAACGUAUCAUAUCGUAACACGUAUUUGGCUAUAUUCAAGAAUCUAAAUUAA